AUGAAAUUACUUUUCUUAUAUGAAAAAGAAUUGUCUCGUAUGGAAGAAGAUUUAUUUCAACCAAUAUUUCAUAAUCAUUAUUUGACAUUAAAAUUAAAUUUAACAUCAAUGGGAAAUAAUUUUUUGAAUUAUUUUAAAAACAAUUCCAAUGAGAAAAUUCAAUGUCUUAAAAUAACCUGUUUAAUAAAAUCGAAAUAUAAAAAAGAUUUUCAUCCAGUUUGUCAUUUUCAUUUAAAUUUUCUUAUACAAAUAUUCGAUUUAAAAAAAGCACAUUUGAAUCUUUUAUCAGCAAACUCAAGUUGUUUAUCAUCAUUAAAAAAUACAUCUGAUAUUAUAUCUCUCGAUAUUGAUCAAAUGUUCUUAGUUGAUGAUAAAUUUCGUUUUACUUAUCAGUGGUCAAGUUUUAAUCAAGCAAAAUUAUUUUCUUGGUCUCAAUGGCCUUUAACAAUGACAUGUUUAAAUUUAGCUUUAAAGAAUUUAUCUGAAAAUAAAAAUCAAUUUACACAAUUACAGUUCAAUUCUUUUCAAUGUCCUUCUGUAGAUACAUUAAUUCAUUCAACUUCACAAGAAUUAUUUUAUAGAGAACAAGAAGCUGUUUCCAAUUGGCUUGAUUUACAAAAUGAUGUAUCAAUAUAUAAAAAAAUUUCAGUUAAAAAAACUAAAUCAAUAAAAACAAGACGUUUAAUUCCAUUUGAAAUAGCAAAAAAUAGUCAAAUAUGUUCAACGAAAUUUCAAAAAUGGAUUUUAAAUUAUCAUAAAUGGCAUGAAAAGAUUAGUUUGGUUAUUAGUAAGCGAUCAAUAACAUUUGAAGAACAACUUCAACGUAUAAUUAAACUUAAUGUUCGUUUUCUAAUUUAUGAAAAACCUUACACAGGUAUUGCUGAUCGAAUAAUUCAUUUAAUAACAACUUAUUUCAUAGCUAUAUUAACAAAUCGAUUAUUGAUAUUUGAUCAAAAUUGGCCAGAAUUUAUAGAUACUAUCCAAUCAAGUUUAAAUUAUCAACCAGAACUUAUUAUUCCUUGGUUUUCUCAAAUGGAUACGAUUAUAGAAAAUUUAUCUUUAAAUAAUCAAAAGAAUUUAACAAAAAAAGAUUAUUCAUUUUCUUUGGAUCGAUAUAAUCAAGAUUAUGAUUAUGAGAAACAUUGUCCUGAACGUAUUGUUAUAUUUAAAGCUCAUACAGGAGGUGUUAUACAUAUGAUUACAUCUAAUUCAAGUAUUUAUAGAAAAUUUUUAACUAUUGAUCUUGAAAUGAAUUCAGAUAAUAUUUUUGGAUGUCUUUAUCAUUCUCUUUUUGCUUAUCGUUUAUCUCAAUUGAUUAAAAGAGUUCCAUUAACUUCUUCAAAUAAUCAAUUAGGUCAUUCAUCUCAACAAAUUUUACAAACAAUUUUAUCACCGAAAUUUUUUCCAAUUGGAAUUCAGAUUCGUGCCGGAGAUCAAGAAUUUAUGGGAUCUGGUUUUGAUGUUGAUGAAAGUAGAACUCUUAACAAAUUUCAAACCUAUUUUAUAUGUUCACAACAAAUAAUUAAUACAAAUAAAACUGUUUUUCAUAAAACAAAUCAAAUUCCAAUUAGUUUUCUUCUAUCUGAUGGUCGUCACAUACGGCAAGCUGCUUUAAAACGUUGGAAAUUUCCAUUCGAAUGUUUUCAAUCAUUGGGCAAUAAAUGUCAAUUGAAUAGUAGUAAUUUAAAUAUUUUAGCAAAUUCCGAUCCAGUUUUUCACACAUCGUUUACAGCUAAUGGAAUAUUAGCAUUUCAAUUAGGAAUGUUUGAUAAUUUUCUUUUCAGUUUAUGUGAACAACAUAUAAUUACUAAACACAGUGGAUUUGGUCGCUUGGCAGCUUUUGCAUCUUUAAAACUACGAGAUAUUUAUUCAUUUCAGCCUGAUCAACCACCUCUGUGUGAAAAUCAAAGUUUACCACUUGCAAUUUCAGGUCAUCAAUGGUCGGGAAUUUAA